AGAAAGCAAAGAGUUUCUUGAACACACAAAGAUGCGUGAGACCGGAGGAGUUUGGGGGUUCACAGGCUCCACAAUGACAAGCCUUAUGUUCUUCUGGGCGAUCUACAAACAGUUCUUCCCUUACCAGCUCCGAGUCCUGAUCGAGAAAUACGUUUACAAGUUAAUGGGAUGGGUCUCUACUUCUGUUCACAUCAAGUUCAACGAGUACACAGGUCUCAAGAAGAGCGAAGCUUACAACUCCAUCCGCAACUACUUGUCCUCCAAGUCAACAUCUCGUGCAAAAAGACUUAAGGCUAACGAGAAGAGAGGCAGCAAAUCUCUGGUGCUUAGUUUGGACGACCACGAAGCUGUUGAAGACGUGUUCAACGGCGUGAACGUCAAAUGGUGCUCUCACGUGAGCAAGCGUGAGGAGCACUCCAACGCGAGCUCAGGUUCCGAGGAGAGAAGGUACUUCACUCUUAGCUUCCACAUGAAGCACAGAGAGAUGAUCAUCGAGAGUUAUCUCGACCAUGUUUUGAGAGAAGGGAGAAAGAUCGAGUUCAAGAACAGAGAGAGGAAGCUUUACACCAACAACAAGAGUCACGGUUGGUCUUUUAAGGAAGGCAAAUGGUGUAGCGUUCGUUUUCAUCAUCCGGCUACGUUCGAGACUUUGGCUAUGGAUCCAGAGAAGAAAGAAGGGAUCAAGAAGGAGCUGGUUAAGUUUAGCAAAGGGAAAGAUUAUUACAAGAAGGUUGGGAAGCCUUGGAAGAGAGGCUAUCUCUUGUUUGGUCCUCCCGGGACUGGUAAGUCGACGAUGAUCUCUGCUAUGGCGAACUUCUUGGAGUAUGAUGUGUAUGAUCUUGAGCUGACGACCGUGAAGGAUAACUCUGACUUGAAGAGGUUGUUGUUGGAUACAAAAAGGAAGUCUAUAAUUGUGAUUGAAGAUAUAGACUGUUCCCUUGGUGUUACCGGGCAGAAGAGGAAGAAGGAGGAAGAGGAGGAUCAAGAAGAAGAAGACGAAGAGGGGAAGAAGAAGAAAGCAUCUGAGAAGGCUUUUUAUGAAGAGAGAGAACGGAGUAGGGUUACUUUGUCAGGGCUACUGAACGCUAUUGAUGGGUUAUGGUCAGCUUGUAGUGAUGAGAAGAUAAUGGUGUUUACUACCAACUUUGUGGAGAAUCUUGAUCCUGCUUUGAUAAGGAGAGGAAGGAUGGAUAAUCAUAUUGAGAUGGGUUAUUGUAGGUUUGAGGCGUUUAAGGUUUUGGCUAAGAACUACUUGGAGGUUGAGACGCAUGAGUUGUAUGGAGAGAUUGAGAGGUUGGUGGAGGAGAUAGAUAUGUCUCCUGCUGAUGUUGCUGAGAAUCUGAUGCCUAAGUCUGAUGAAGAAGAUGCUGAGGUAUGUCUUAUGCGUUUGGUUAAGUCUUUGGAGGAAGAGAGGGAGAACUUGAGGACGUUAGCCGAGGAAGAGGUGAAGAAGAAAGCAGAGUGGGAAGCUAGGAAAAUCAAGAAGAAGAAGAAGGCUGAUCAAGAAGAGAAGAAGAAGACGAAGGCAGAUCUGGAAGUAAAGGAGAAGGCGGCAGAUCAGGAAGAGAGGAAGUAGUUAGUUUGCUUCUACAACAAGAAAAGUUAGAAAGAAAGGAUCGUUUGCUUUUGCUAGAUCACUAAUCAUUUUUUAAGUAUUUUGUUUAAUGAGUGUUUUUAAGACUAAUCAUGUGUUAAUGCUUUCUUUAGUAUAAGAGUAUUUUAAGA